CUGCUGCAUUCAUUUUAUCUGUGUUUUUAUUUGUGUGUUUCUAAAUUGGAAAAAGUUAGGGAUUUUUAAUGUUAAGAUAUUCAUUCUAUAGCAAUGUCAUGUAUACCUGUUGUGUCACCAAGUGAUGCACAUUGAGCUGUGAACAGGACUACAAAGGAUAACUAUUGUGUCACCUGCUGAAUGUAAUGAGAGCUGACUUCUUCACAACCAUCUAAGAUUGUCCUCAGAUGCCCCCAACUAAGGCCAGUGCAACCUAUGUGAGAAGACUCAGCUGGAAGCUUUUAUCCCUCAAGUCCUGGGAGGAUUUCAGCUUCCGGAAAAUACGUUUUUGAAACAAACGGAAAAUUUAGCAUGACACAAUCUUCAUCUCCCCCGAAACAGCGAAAAUGUCACCUGUCCAAACUGAAGGUUUUUCUCAUCUCCUUGUCCUUUGCCUACAUCACCAAAUCUUUGGCACUUGUCUAUUCCCGCAGCAUGAUCACCCAGAUAGAAAGACGUUUCAAUAUCCCCUCCAAGCUGGUCGGGGUCAUCGAUGGCAGCUUUGAUAUUGGCAAUUUAUUGGUUAUCACUUUGGUCAGCUACUUUGGAGCAAAAUUACAUCGGCCAAGAAUGAUCGCCAUCGGAUGUUUGAUCAUGUUUGUGGGAAGCUGUGUGACAGCGCUACCCCAUUUUAUUAUGAAGAGAUAUCAGUUUGACAGAGCUGUCGACUACACAUCAGACAAUAUGACAUCUCAUACACACUUGUGUCUGGCCAAUCACAGCCGUUCCUCCGCUGAGUUGGACUUCCCGGAAGAGUGUGCAGUCGGCUCCUCUGAAUCGUUCAUGUGGAUUUUUGUUCUGCUUGGAAAUAUUCUACAAGGAAUUGGUGAGACCCCAGUAGAGCCUCUGGGAGUCUCCUAUGUGGAUGAUUUUGCAAAAGUGGAAAACUCACCAUUUUAUAUUGGAAUAAUACAGACUCUGUCCAUCCUCGGGCCACUGCUGGGUUCCUUGUUGGCAUCUUACUUGGCACAAAUCUUCGUGGAUGUUGGUUUCAUAAAUCUGGAUGAGAUAUUUAUAACAAUGACAGACACGCGUUGGGUUGGAGCUUGGUGGAUGGGUUUCCUGGUCAGCGGAGUCCUCAACCUCUUUGCUGCUGUACCAUUCUUCUUCCUUCCAAAGACUCUGCCUAAAGAGGGGGAAGAGGGUCUGACUGAGUUGAGGGAGACACUGCAGCCACCACCAGUACCUGACAACAAUACAGAGACUGCCAAGAGCAAGGAGCUCACAGUGCAAGGAUUUCUAUUCUUUUUAAAGAAUCUGUUGAAAAAUAAGGUCUACAUGCUGUUCAUUCUGGUCACAGUCAUUCAGUUCAGCGCAUACGUCGGUUUAUUUUCAUUCUUCCCCAAAUACCUGGAGCAGCAGUAUGGGAAGUCUGCAUCAGAGGCCAUUUUUUUGAUAGGGGUGUACAGCCUGCCUGUCAUUGCUGUGGGCUACUUCCUGGGUGGAUUUUUAAUGAAGAAAUACAAGGUCUCCACCUUUCUGGCUGCCAAGAUUGGUUUUUUCACCUCCAUAACAGAAUAUCUUAUCUAUUUUCUGGCCUUCGCUAUGUUGUGCAAGAAUGCAACAGUGGCCGGACUCACUGUGACAUAUGAUGGAAUUGAGAGCACUUCCUAUUCAGAUAACCUAACGGCAGACUGUAACCUGAACUGCAACUGCCCUACCGAUGUCUGGGACCCUGUGUGUGGUGAUAACGGAGUGGCCUUUGUCUCUGCCUGUUUAGCUGGCUGUUCCUCCUCCAGUGGAAGUGGACAGGGUGUGGUUUUUCACAACUGUAGCUGUGUCCUGUCCUCGAACAGCACCGCCAUACUGGGACAAUGUCCUCGGGAGGAGAAAUGUGACACAAUGCUGCUAUACUUCAUGAUCCUCAACCUGGUCUGCUGCUUCAUCUACUCGCUGGGGGCAAUGCCAGGAUACAUGGUGCUCAUCAGGAGUCUCACCCCUGAGGAAAAGUCUUUCGGUCUUGGACUCCAUCUCUUAGCUGCACGUGCGAUUGGUGGGAUCCCCUCCCCGAUAUUCUAUGGAGCCGCCAUAGACUCAACCUGCAUAAAAUGGGGAACGAACAACUGUGGUGAGCCAGGGGCAUGCCGAAUGUAUGAUUCUGAUGCUUACAGAUAUCUGUACAUCGGGAUCCCCUCUGUGCUGCGAUUCGUCUCAUACAUCCCUUGUGUGUUCAUCCUCAUGGCCCUCGGAAGGACUUCCCGCUCAGAAGUGGUGGGAUAAUCUCCAAUAAUCUCCAAGAAUGAAGGAGGAGAGAUUGAAAUUAUCACAAAAUCUUCUACAUAUUCCUUAGGAAAAGCAACUUCCAUAGAACUUAUAUAUAUAAUGGGAGAAGGGUGGAUUUGCAAUUGUAGCAGACCAUUCGGAAGAUGCUGGACCAAGAGCCAGGGCACCCGCAUGCAUCUGGCCAAACCAUGAUCCAUCCUGGGAACUCAGCUCGUGGACAAAUUUUAUUAUUAUUCUGAAUAAAAUCAAUGUGAAUUGAAUUCCGAAUCAGCCAUUCGAUUGUCAUUAAAACAGAACUCCAGUAAAAAAUAACAAGAUAAAAUUUAAUAGCCCUUAAAAAUAAUUAAACAAUUUUUUUGCUGCAA